CUAAUCACAGAUUCACUGGUACCGGGAGCUGUAGGAGCAGCUUGCACUGUCCGGAGAUGGCGUUUCUUGCUUGGCUCGCCGUCAUGGCCGCGGCUGCUUUCGUGUCCGCCUCCGGCUCCGGCGAGCUCACCCCCGACUUCUACAGCGAGACGUGCCCGCAGGCGCUGACGACGAUCAAGCUCGUCGUCGGCGCCGCCGUCCUGAAUGAGCCGAGGAUGGGCGCGUCCUUGGUCCGGCUGCACUUCCAUGACUGCUUCGUCAACGGCUGCGACGGCUCCGUUCUGCUGGACGACACCGACGACAUGGUCGGGGAGAAGCUGGCGAAGCCGAACAACAUGUCGCUGAGAGGGUUCGAUGUGAUCGACGCCAUCAAGGCCGCGGUGAAUACGGCCUGCCUGGGGAACGUCGUCUCCUGCGCUGAUAUCUUGGCGGUCGCUGCUCGUGACUCGAUCGUCGCGCUCGGGGGAAGCUCGUACGACGUGCUGCUGGGGCGGCGCGACGCGACGACGGCGAGCAUCGACGACGCGAACGACGACAUCCCGAACCCGUUCAUGGACCUCCCGGAGCUGGUGGACAACUUCGAGUCCCACGGGCUGUCGCUGAACGACCUCGUCGUGCUCUCCGGCGGCCACACGCUGGGCUACUCCCGCUGCCUCUUCUUCCGCAGCCGCCUCUACAACGAGACCGACACGCUGGACCCGGCCUACGCCGCCGCGCUCGAGGAGCAGUGCCCGAUCACCGGCGACGACGACGCGCUUACCUCGCUGGACGACACGCCGACCACCGUCGACACCGACUACUACCAGGGCCUCACGCAGGGCCGGGCGCUGCUGCACACGGACCAGCAGCUGUACCAAGGCGGCGGCGGCGACAGCGACGACCUUGUCAAGUACUACGGCGAGAACCCGGACAAGUUCUGGGAGGACUUCGCCGCCGCCAUGGUGAAGAUGGGCAACCUGAGCCCGCUCACCGGCGACGAAGGCGAGAUCAGGGAGAACUGCCGGGUGGUGAACCAGGAGUAAUCCAUCGUCGACACGUACGAUCGAGUCAUCAUCGCCAUGGAUUCCAUCUUGUGAUGAUCUACAGCUGCACCUGCGCUAGCUGCUAUACUUUCUUGGAGGGCGCUUGCAUGUUCUUUUGAUUUUGUGAUGAAUCAGCUCAUGUAUUUGAAAUUGUCUGGAAAUUUAUGUUUUGUUUCAACCAAAAAUUCAAUAUUUGUUCAGAUGUUUUUGUGCAGAAAAAUUAACAGGAGAGA